AUGGGAGGUAGGGCGGAUGCCCCCGCAGCUGUGGCGGGAUCAGAGGCGGAGGGAACGCCUGCUCCUGGAGGUGCGGCGGCGGCGGAGGCAGUGGUGACGGAGCCAGGGACCUCCGCCCCGAUCACCCCCGUGGGAGUGGCUCCGGCGGCACAGGCGGAGGUGCCCACCGGGAUACCGCUGACGGCCUCGGCGGCGACGAGCGUGCAGGUGCUGGGGCCGUCUGUAGACCCGGCGGCUUCUAGUGCCAUGGUGCCGACCUUGACGGCAGUGCAUCUCUUCGCGCUAGACGACGCCGCCGAGUGGCACAAGUGGCAGGCGGUGCAGGGCGGCAUCGCCCACGUCCAGGCGGCUCUGUCUUCAGCGUUGGGGGUUCUGGGCAACACCGUCCUCCCUGGCAGCCAGGGUCUCUGGAAGCACUUCAAUACUGAAAGGGAGCGCACCAGGGACCUGUCCCUGCAAAUCAACGCCGCCAAGGGGGUCAUUCGCGACCUGCAAGGGCGUGAGCGGGCGGCGUUGGAGGAGGCGCGGCGUGCGGAGGCCAGGCUUCAAGCCGUCACUGAGAAGGCCCGCCUCGACCUCGAGGAGUUCCAGGCCAUCGCUGAAAGGGCCCGCCGCGACGCCGAGGAGCUUCAAGCUGCCGCUAAGAGGGCCUGCCGUGACGCCGAGGAGCUUGCACAGCUGAGGGGGGAGCAUGAAGCCCUCAGCGCGGAGACUGGUCACCUUCGCUCGCAAGUGCAGGGACUUCAGUCCGCCAUGUCCCGAGGGGCCGACCGGGAGCGUGACUUGAAGGCCUGGGCCGACGGUGAAAUCGCCAAGAUGCAGGGUUUGCUUGACGCGGAGCGCGGCGAGCACGGUGCCCUGCGAGAUGCGCCAAAGAAAGCCACUGCCUCAAGGAAGUCCGCGACGCUGAGCCACACCGCUCGCCUUCCUCAUCUUGUUGUUGGAGAAGCUCCACCGUGCAACAUCGAGCCGCCACCAUCCUCCUCCGCCGGGCCAAAUUCUGACUAA